AUGGAUCCUUCUGCAGAGAUUGCCGAACUCUCUGCUUUCGCCACAGCGUUGCACGAUAUCAACUCCGACGCCCGCCAACCGACUAAUCCUGGUUAUCUGCUAAGGAAGCCCGAGGGAAAACUGAACCGUGUCGGUGCCGCAGUCCUUGAUGCGCUCGCAGAACUCAUCGUCUACGAGCCUGACCAGGCAGUCGCGCUCGCAGCCGUCCUUGACGGCAGUGGCCACAUCGAGUUGUACAUCGAAGCAGAUGUGGCGCAAGUCCCCCCCAAGAUCAUACAUCAUCUGAACGACAUCUGCUCCCGCAUCCUCAGCAUCCGCGCCGCUCUCGAAGCCUCCCCUGACCACGCCGAUGCGAUUCACACAAUAUCUAAAUCGCCCCAUAUCCCGCCAGGUUCUCCGAAGCCUGCCCUCGACGCUCUCCGGUCGCUCGAUCUGGGACUCUAUAGAUACUCCGUCAAGCGCAUCCGCGCGCAACUUACGGAUCCAGAGAUUCCCUGGGCUGACACGCUCACCUUUCUCGUCGCCUGCCUCAAAGAUCCACCCGCCGCAGACCUCGAUGAUAUGUCGGCCGGCGAGCGUGUCGUAUUGAGGUACCUCCAGCAGUCUCCGGAUGUGCAGCGAAUCCUCCCCAAAUUCGAUCUGGCGAUUACGUCCCUCCGGGCGUUUAUCGACAACCCACUAGUCAGCGACGACGACUACAUACGCCUGCGCCAAAUGUCCAUCAUAUUGGCGCUUGCAGUCGAACUGCUCAAGAACGACUUUGCUAACUUCGACCACUUCGUCUCCGUACACGUCGCGCGUAAAGUGGGCACCCCUCCUCGCUCCCCGCCCAACACGGUCAAAUGGCUAAAGAAGGUGUCCUACGUCGCGCGCGCGUAUCGAGCAUUGACGGAGAUGCUCACCACACCCGCGCUUUCCGCGCUCUUCGGCGCCAGCGUUUCGAUACAUCCCGUUGCCAACCCUCCCCCUGCCAGACGACAGACGACGCCCACGGCCGAAGACAUCAAGGCGACACUCACUAGCCUCGGCUACACCUCGAGCUAUUUUAUUGCUUCUCACCCAGAGAAAUUCGACGAUUUUGUCGGUGAGCUCACAGCAGCCGCAACCAACAGAGACAACGCGAUGCGCAUUCAUUGCGAGUGCGCCCUGCUCUGUCACCUCCGGCAGCACGACCAGCCGAUGUUACCAUACAUCGGGCUCUCGAACCCGCCCUGCAUAUUCUGCACGAUCUACUUCGCCGCCUACCGUAACACCCAGCGGGAUGAUACGACCACGCGUGGAACGGAAGGACACAUCGCCGCGGGCACAUGGACUUGCCCCAAUAUUCCUGACAUGCCUGACGCAGCGACCAUACGGUUGGGGAAGAUGAUCCUCGUGAGACUCUCUGAUUAUAUCCACGGAAGGCUGCGCGAAGAAACCAGCUUUCGACGGAGGAAGACAUUGAUGAGCACUCAAAGUACAUUGGCCCCCAAUGACACUAAGUAUUGUACUUCAAGUUAUCGGUGACGGUAAAUCUUAAUCACUGCGCUUACCCGGCACUCAAGUAGUACUUGAUCUGCCCAUGGCCGAGCUAGAUCCAUAACCUCGGGCGGGUGCUACGUUCAAGUGCAGCUUCACUGCAAAGGACAGGACGUUAAGUACUAUAUUAUACAUCGCUCGAUUGAUCCAUGUAUCAC